AUGCCUUCAGGAAAGCAUGACACCCUUGAGACGAAGUCCCCUUGGGUCUCAUCCGAGGACGGACCCAAUGUCGUCAAAUACCCACCCGCGCCAUAUCAGCUGCUGGAUCAGUAUCACUCUCAAACCAGCAAGAUCAGAGUCGCCUGUGCCGGAGCAGGCGCCACGGGGCUAUGUCUCGCCUACAAGUUCGAAAGACAGUUGGAGCCAGGAACCUGGGAGCUCAGUCUUUUUGACAAGAAUCCCCAAUUUGGCGGUACCUGGUGGGAGAACACAUACCCAGGGGUGGCGUGUGACAUUCCGGCUCCAAUGUACACGUAUUCCUUCGAUCCGAAUCCGAACUGGUCUCACUACUAUGCCUCAGGAAGCGAGAUCCAGCAGUACUUUGAGGGUUUCGCGAAACGCCACGGUCUAGAAAAGUAUAUGAAGCUCAACACCAAAGUGCUGGAGAUCAACUGGGAUGAUAAUCAAGGCGUCUGGAACAUCGUCCUCGAGGAUCAAAAGACCAAGAAAACCUGGAAUGACUGGGCUCACGUGUUUGUCAAUGGCACGGGCAUCCUUAACAACUGGAAGUGGCCCGAGAUCCAAGGCCUGUUCGAUUUCAAGGGCGAUAUGAUGCACUCGGCUAAAUGGAACCACGACGUCGAUUUCACCAACAAGACUGUUGGGGUAAUUGGUACCGGUAGCUCAUCGGUUCAGAUUCUGCCCCAGCUCCAGAAGGUGGCCAAGGAAGUCAAGGUGUUUAUGAGAAGUCCCACUUGGAUCAGCCCUCCCUUUGGUGCAGCUCCGCUGGCGGCCUUGCGGAACGGUGCAGAGGUCAAAUUGAGCACAAGGCAAUACAAAUUCACCGAGGCCGACAAGCAGCGAUUCCGAGAUGACCCGGAAUACUUUUUACGCUUCCGGCGAGAGAUCGAGGCCGAAAUCAAUAUCAUGUUUGAGUUGUACAAGCAAGGCACAGAAGUCUCCAAGUCUACAAAAAAGAUCAUUCUGGACGAGAUGUACCGGCGAAUUGGUCCCGGGCAGGAGAAACUUCUAGAGUUCAUCAUACCCAAAUGGUCACCCGGAUGUCGAAGAAUCUCGCCGGCCGAUGGAUAUCUCGAGGCCCUGGUAUCAGCGAACGUCGAACCCAUUUACGGAGAGAUUGACCGUGUCUCGGAAAAAGGAGUCGUUGUGGCUGGUCAAGAACACGAGGUGGAUAUCUUGGUCUGCGCGACCGGCUUUUCACCUGCUUUCAAGCCUCCGUUCAAGGUCUUCAACGGCAAGAUCAGCCUUUCUGACGAUUGGGGUCAGGGGUGCAAUAUGUACUUGGGUAUUUCUGCACCCAGGUUCCCCAACUACUUUACAGUCGCCGGACCCGGUUCGACUUGGAGCAAUGGCAGUCUCCUUCCGGCAAUUGAGACCACGAUCGAGUACAUUAUCAAGUUGAUGAAAAAGAUUCAAAAGGAAGGCGUUCUGUCUGUUGCUGUGAAACAAGAGGCCACCGACGAUCUUUACCAGCACUUUGACGAGUUCCACCGACACACCGUCUGGCAAGAAGAGUGUCGCAGCUGGUACAAAGACGGAAAGUUGAAAAACCGGAUUUACCUGUGGCCUGGACCGACCAUCCACUACCUGAAAACCAUCAAGGAUCUCAGAAUGGAGGAUUACGACGUGAAGUACAGGUACAAGAAUCGGUUUGCCUAUCUUGGCAACGGCACAGUGAAAGCGUCAGCAAGCAAAGACGUUGCUGGGUUGAGCCCGUAUGUUCGUAAUUCUGACAGCGAGUGGGAUAUCGAAUAG